CCUGUGUCUCUACACUCGCUGAGGUAUGCAUUCUCCCUUACGAUCUAAUGACCUUACUUAUGACUUGUACCAUAGACUCUGUCUUAUAGGUACAGCUAAUGAUAUAGCUCCUGUGUCUCUACACUCGCUGAGACUCUGUCUUAUAGGUGAUCGCUACUGGUCGUAUCUCCACUGCGCGGUAUUGUCUGCGACAGAACCCGCUGGUCCAGACACAGCGCCCGUAAUAAGAAAAGGCGCGUGGUUGGUGUUCAACGUUUGCGCUGAUUCUUGCUUCAUGCAUUUAUGAUUCUCAUUGGUUGUAUCUGCGUAUAACUUCACCGUGAUAAAAGCAGGGUUUUACUGAAGCUCGAGAUGACAGGCUAUCCUAUUCAUAUAUAUUGCUCGGAAGGUGCACUGCCUUCUGAAGUAAGAAGGUUCGUCACGACCUCCUGUAGAACUAUAGCGGAGAGCAGGCAACCUGUGUGUUCACAAAAAUUCUCCCAACAUGGUACAGAUUCAUCUGAGUUUAACUUCUCAUUCGAACUUUGUGCAAAAAAAAAGUUGGGAUUACUGUACUUGAUCUUACCUGCUCUGAUUAUCUAGGGAUCAACAUUGCAGGCUGAUGAGAAAUUCUGAAAGACAUGAAUGACUGUGCAGAAUUUCUUAACACCUAAGAGUCCCCCAAAAAGGGACGUACUCGCCGAGCUAGCGACUGUUUUUCACUCAUGUGUUCAUCUUGUGCGAAUUGGACAUCACACGUGAUCGUGUCGCCAGCCACCUGCGUGCACCGCCACAGACCCAGACCCUAUCAGACGUUUUUGGAUUACUCGGGCCCUCUCACAGGGUCUCCGAAACGCAGACAGAAGACAAUGGAUCUCUCGAGUCGUGUGGGUUGCGAGAAAUAUGAGCCUUUCUCAAAGGACUGACGCUGACGAUUCCCCGAAGCGGCAAUUCGAAGACAAAGGCAAAUGGCUACGCCAUUGUCCUAACCGAGCGCUUGGUCCCACCGUGCCGCCUCGUUUCCAAUCCGAGUGGGCUUUAUAACCGGAGCUCUGUGGGCGCCGCAAGCCCUUCGUACAAAGCCGUCGCCUCCACUCUCUCUCCUUUCCCAUGUCAACUAUGGACCCAGUGUGUGUGUCCUAUACCCCGCAUUACGACUUCCGCACCGCGCAUUACGACGAUGCCACCGAGUUCAACGAAGACGAGCGUCCGAAAUCCCGUCCUGCUCGCGUGCGCGACCAACUCGAGACGGGUUUCGAACAGUUUGAGGACAUGGAGAUGGCACUGGGCACGAUCGAUGAUGAGCCUCCUUCGGUUUAUACGCACCACAGACACGUCGCCGAGAUCGUCGAGCCGCUGCGCGCCGUCGUGAUGCGGCGGCCAAGCUCUCCUUCGCGACCAUCACUCGAACGCGGCCGGGCGCUCAACGUACACGCGCGCCCAUUCGUGCCGGGCGCCCAGCGGUGGCGCUCCCCCUCCGCAUCGUCCGAUUCGUCGUGCUCGGAUCCCGAGACGCUAGUGGACAAGUACUAUGGCGACGGGGAGGAUGCGGACCAGUUUGGCUUCACGGUGAUGGAGAGCGAGCUGUUUGGGUACUGCAUGGAGCAGCUGGACCGCGGGACGGAUCCGGUUUCGGUCAUUUCGCACCUCUUGCGCCGUGCCACCGAGGAUGCGGCCAAUGUAAUCAGUGUGUGUCUUGUCGCGGAGCGCCUGGGGCAGCAUUACCUCGGAGGAAUGAAGAGCUGGAACCACCUGGUAGAGGAGGAGGUUGUUAAGACAUUCAGUUCGUAUUGGAAGCCCACUGGAGGUUGGUCCAUCGAACUGCACCUACCGACGCCUUACGACUCGCCCUACUCCCGAGGCGUCAACCUCGCUCGCGUGGUCGGAGCCCUGCAUGAGCACUCCCUCCUGACCGCCCGCACCUUCCACUCCGUCCUGACCUUCCUCGCCGAAGACGUCGAGCCCUCGUUGUUUCGACUCACCGCCAUCAGCGAGGCUCUGCAGAAGGCUGGCUCGAAUCUCGAAGCGACAGAUGUCCGGCGGGUGCUGAUGGGCCCUCAGAGGCUUGGGGCUCUGACGACUGGGUGUGUCUCUGCGAUUGUGAAGAAGAGGUUCGUCUGGGCAUGGUGCCCGGCGAGCCAGACUCUGUUGUUGAAUAUCUUUCGCCUGCUGCAGGAUCUGGAAUGAGUGUUUUCUCAGCAUAUGUCCGUAACGUAAUCGUCGAAGAACAUUGUAUAUACAAGUCCAAAGGACAGCACAGAGCACAGGCAGACAUGUAUUCAAUUCGAUACCCCAUCCAAUUGCUUUGAAUGACUGAUUUCGUUGACACUGAAAAA